AUGGCCGGUAAUACGCAAGGAAUGAUUGGAGAUGAGGGCCAAGGGUUGCAGCAGCAGAACGAUGUCACCAUGCGGCCUCCUACGCCGGAAGUUGCGGCGGACGAUGAGGCGGGUGUGGCGGCAAUUACCGAUCGCUGGGCGGACUGGGCGUUAAAGGAGGAGACUGCUGCGUUUGUGCCGGCAGUGGGUGAAGAGGACGACGGUGAGGUGGGUGAGGAGGAAGAGACAUGGAAGGUGGUUGGCCGUUUUCUCACGCAGAAGAUGAUAAAGCUUGAUUUUAUGAGACAGGUUCUUGCAUCUGUGUGGCAGCCGGUUAAAGGAGUGCAAGUAACGGAGAUCCAAAAAGGUUUAUUCCUGUUCGUUUUCUUUCAUAAAACAGACAUGGAUUAUGUUUUGAAUGGUGGUCCCUGGGCGUUCGAGAAUAAUGCAUUGAUUUGUCGAGAAGUCCGGGAUGGUGUGUUGCCGGGGGAUAUCCAACUGAAUAUGAUUGAUAUGUGGAUACAGCUACAUGAUAUGCCCAGGGGAUAUACGUCGCAGGCUAUUUUGGAACAAGCGGGGAAUUUUAUGGGCACUUUUAUUAAACAUGAUGACCGAUAUGAAGGGGCUCCGUGGUUAACUUUCCACCGGAUUCGGGUAUCCAUACCGAUUGAUCGCCCUUUACGAAGGGGGAUGAAGUUGAUGAAGAGGGAUAAGACUACCGCAUGGGUCACUUUCCGGUAUGAAUGGUUGCAUAAGUUCUGUUAUUUUUGUGGGUUCAUGGGGCAUCUACACACGUUUUGCAUUCAUGCAAGGGAGGCAGGAAUACCACUGGAACGGUACCCGUAUGGUCCGGAUAUGCGUGCUGGUGGAUCCGGAGCGCUCCUAGAGCGGUUGGGGAUAGUUGGCUCGUACCGGUAG